UAUUUUCAUGUAAUUUGUACUGUAACAUUUUAUUUCUCCGUGUAUAAUAUGUCUUUCUCUUCACCAGUACUGAUAUAUUGAUAUUACCAUAACAAAAACCUUUUCAUCUAUGCGCGUCGGUCCUUCCUCCUUCUCCCACCUCUUCUCCCACUCCUUCCCCCACCCCUUCCCCCACCUAUUGUCCUUGUAGUGGGGUUCGUCUCACAAUCAGUACGUACAUACCGUCAAGGCCGCAUUCCACAGUUGUUAUUAAAUGGUGAUGUGUAUCACGGCUUUUCGUUACUUUAACUUAUAACGCUCAAUUCUUAAUCAUUCGCGAGACUCGAGCAGACAACUUGAGACGUUUUAUAUGUCGCAUUACCUUUCGAAAGACAUCAAAUACAUGAUUAUUCGCGCUCUACGAUUAUUAUAAUUAUAGGUUAUCAGCUUGCGCGAUAGAUUAAUUUUCGCGACAAACGACAUAAGAGUAUAUUGCAAAACGGCUUGUAAGAAUGUAACGGAAGAAUUAUAGUUUUGUGUGAUCGUAGUUAGUGUAUCGUUUUCCCAUCGAUAUAUAUAAUAUUCGCGUCGUGUGCGAUCAACUUCGAGAGUGACGUGCAAAGUACCGUGCAUUAAAUAACCGUAUUUUCGCGAGUGAAUAUUGUGUGAGUGCCAUAAAGAAACAGCGAAGUGAAUAAGAAAGGAAAAAACGAGGAGGAAGAGGCUCUCAGAGAAGUAUUGGACGACAAUGGAACUGUGAUUCGCUAGAAGCUGAGAAUGCGAGAUUGCGCGACGAGCAGAAGGGCGCGGACUGCUGGUGCUACGAAGACACUGAGGUCUGCGGCCGUCGCGGGAAAUGACCAUGACGAGCGUGGCUGUCGCCCCGGGUAGCCUUGGUGCACCACCGUCUAUGCUCACCCCCCAGAUGUAUCAUCUGCAACAGGGCUUGAGCCCGACGUCGGGCUCGCCCGCUUCCGGCAAGAGCUACGACACUUUGAGCAAGGGCAAGAAGUCGUGGAGCGUACGGUUAGGCCUGUCGCGACAGCAUCAUCAGAAUCCUGGGGAUGAUCCCAACAAGGGUGGUUGGGGCACCAUAAGCGGCAGCAGCGUGCUCUCCCGCCAGAUGAUGUACGGCGCCGAUCCGUGGCUUUACGGCACACUGAGAUCGUCGCGGAUCGAACAACCGCGGCCAUUCCUGACACCGCCGCCGCCACCGGGCGCGGCACCGCUGCUCGUGGUAUGUUCUUGCCCGGAAUUCCUCUCCGGCACCGUCAGGAAGCUCGGCAGCUGCCGGAAGUGCGGCGGCCAUCGAGUCGCCGGGUUGCCCUUCGGCGGGACCUGCCGGCUACCGUCAUCCUCGAGGUCCAGACCCAGUCUCGCUGGCGUGUUGAGGACCCCGAUCGACGAUCCGUACGAUCAGAUGCGACGGAACCGGCUGGUGGAACCGAGAUUGCGGGCGCGCAGCAUCUCGCCGCAUCGAUCGUCCGCGCAGCGAGAUUCCAGGAGCCAGAGUAUGAUUUCGCGGGCCGCCACGAAGGAACGGAAGGGCUCGGUCGAGGGUACGUCGUCGUCGUCGUUGUCUUCGUCGAGAUCCGAGUGGUUCGAUAAAGAGGCGAGCGCGGCUGCGAGCUACGACGAUCGUAAAUCGCGACCCGGUUUUUCCGGUGGCGGCAGUGGCGUGUCUUCGGAUGAUUGGAUGCUGGAAGAGACCUCGGAGAGUCACUCGCGGAUUCAUUCUGUCGCGACGACGUCCGCGAGACUGAUUCGCGUUUCGAAAAAGCCGCCAACAAAUCGGAGAAGUGGCCAGGACGAUUGGAAGGAAGGAACGACGCCGAUCUCUGCGGACUCGCGGAGAAGCAUCCUCGAGUGCGAUGUGAAUCCGUAUCUGUUACUGAAGAAGCAGAGAGACGAGGACGAUCUAAGCGACGAUUUAUCGGACAACGCGUUGGAGCAAGACGAUCUCAGAACAAUGUCCAGUCUGUUCGACUCGUCGAAAGUGAAAUCGAUCGAGAGGAUACCGAAUAGAAGCGUUGUGGCGGCGAUUGGUGGUCAGCGAAUCAGGGUGUUCAAUGAGGCGUUCAGGAAAUUUUCGGAUGAUGAGGACGACGAUGACGAUGCGUCUCCGCCAGUCACUAGAAUCCCAAUACCCAAGGUAUCACCGAAGAGACCGCCGAGAAGAUUAAAAGAAGCUCGGCAGACUUUGAAGAGCAUCCUAAAGCGCGGUCGCGUGCAAGAAAGCAAGAGGAAGAAUGUACUCUUCAACGUCGACAACGUGAUAUUCGCACCCGAGAAACCGUCCGAAGCGACGCGACUGUCGUGGAGCAAAAUCGGCAGGAUCGCCAAUUGCAACAAGGAACAACGAAUCAACAGCCCCGGGUCUGAGCGAGAAGAAACGCCGAUUGUGUCGCAGGAACAGCAGGAGAAACCCAAUUUUAUCACGAUUCCGAAUAUCAAGGACCCGAAGGUCGACAGGAUCAGACUCAAGGAACCGAGAAUCGUACCGGAAAUGAAGAAGAUCACGCCGCCCAGUCUCGACAAGAUCAAAAUAGACAAAUUCGUUCCAUCCAGAAAGCCCUGUCGUCCCACCGCGUCUAAGAAGCAGGAUGAAAUCAGCAACAUACAGCGAUCCUCGCCCAACGCUUCAUUAUCGUCAUCGAAGAUCGUUACUGGAGAGGAGGAGAGGACAUUAUCGGGAGAGGGAAGAUUGUUGGAUGAGAAUACCGUCCGAUUCGAAGACGAAACCGAGCUGGAGAUUGAGAUAGAGGAGCUGAAGGACCGUCUGCCAUGCAUUGCUGUGGACGAGAAGGAUCUCAUCUUAAAAUCCGAAGAGAACUCGAGAAAAUCCCUCUUGACACGAAGCCAAAGCGACCGGUCAUUCAGUAGACCGGACGUCUCGGCGGGUGAUGUGCUCUUCUCGGACACGAUGCGAUUCAGUCUGAGCAAGAAGAUCAAGUCGCCGUCGUCGCCGUCGCCGUCGUCACCCAUGGGUACAUGCGCAGUCUCGCGCGAGGACGCAGAUAAGGAAAGUCCGCUGGAAAGAAAAGACAAGACAGAAGAGGUCGAGGCAGAAACAGGCGAACUUAAAGAGUCCGGUUGCGAGAUCGAGGCGAGUGAGAACAUUAAGAUAGUACUCGAGAAUAAAAGCGUUGACGAUGUCGAAAAGGAGUCCGACCCGCCAUUGGACGCGCGUAGCGAUAUUUCCGACGUGAGCAACGAGCAUUUCCGCUCGAUGAGACCCACCAGCUGGUCCCCGCCACCUGGCAGGCAAAGACAUCGUUUCAAGAUCGGUGAUUCCAAUACGGAUGAGAGUCCCGUCAAUUCGAUUAAAGACCAUCGGAGAACAAUUUCAUCGGCAUCCACAACGUCGUGGAACUCGACGAGCUCGUACGGUUCCUCAAAGAUUGAGAUCAACUCCCCCGAGAACAACGUCUGCAAGAUCACAGUGAGUCCGCGUUCAUCACCGCUAGUCCAUCGGUUGCAGAUCGGUCCGAAUUCUAAUUCAAAGGGCGCUAGAAGAACAUCCAUCCUGAUCAACGGUGAUCAGAGUACAAAUGGGGAAUCGGCGCGGGAUAACAAAGUGACUAUCAGCGUCGGUGGAGAAGAUAGCGUGUGUAAUCCGACUGUGAUCUCCGUGAACUCGGAGAAUCCGCCGAAGAUCCAGAGCUCCGCGGAGAAUCGCACUCUAGUGAUAUUAGAGAAUUACAGAUCGAAUAUUGUAGUGGAAUCGGCAAACGAUGACUCGCGUCCUAAACAGAUUGGAAAGGAUAAUCACGUCGUCGAAGGCAAGACGAACUCGAAGACGAAUAACGAAGAAGCACCUGCGUCGACCAGCGAAGAAAUAUCCUCGCUGUGUCGACACGCAGAACAAUCGGCGCCGAAUUUCGAAAAACAAAAGAGAUUGAGCAUCGAAAUGAAGUCUUCGGAAGUUAAUCAGUCUUCGAGAUUUUACACAUCCGACGAGAAAGUGAUGCGUUCGGAGUCUAAAACGCGAUUCAAAGACGUCGAAGAUUCGUCCGGUUUGUCGAAAGAAGCUCUGAUUUCUAAGCUUCUUGAAGAUUCCCUACGAAAAGCUCGCGAGAACGGCGAGAUCCUUGACGAGGACAGCGGUCAGGUCAUUCUGAAGAUCUUGAAGCAAAGUUUGCUGAAAAGUAAAGAGUACGAAAGCUCCGAGUCCACUCUCGAAGCAAAUUACUCGCGAGCGUCCAGCCUGAACUCGGACGGCGAUUUCAUCUCGACGAAUCUCUUUCUCGAGGAAAAUCCCUACGAAGUAAUUAAGGAACCGAUCUACGAGGAGAUACCUGACGAGCCACCGCCAUUGCCGCUGAGUCCGCCACCCACGGAGGAUUACAUCAAGGAUAGAAUUUAUUUUGGCGACGUUGAAUAUUACAAAAAAGUGUCGCCGGGUCAAUUUCUUGGCCCGUAUUUAUCCGAGGAAGUUUUCAAGAAAUCCAAUUCGGAGGAUCUAGCCGAGGCCUACUUGUCCAAGAGUCCCGAAGAUUUCUUCAAGAAGAUGUCGACGUCGCCCGAGGACGAGAACAAUAUCUCCACAAAAUUCGAGCUCUUGAAUUUUCUGAUGGACUCUAAAGACCACACACGUCCUGCGGAAGAGGACGAGGACGAAGACGAAGAUGAGGAAGAUGAUGCCGAGAGAGACUUGGAGGCUCUGUACGAGCAGAAGGAGACGAGCCUGGGCGAUCUCAGCUCUAAAAGCUCGCAGAUUUCCAACGUAUCCGACAGCAGCGAGGAAUGUAACAUCAUUCUAACGAGCUCCCCGGAAACGUUAAAGUCGAGAACAGUCGAUAUAGAGAGAACCGACAGCGGAGUCGGAUCCGAGAGCAGUCAAGCCAGCAGCACUCGUGGUGUUGCGAGACGCUGGAGAACAGGCAAUAACGUCUCUUCCGGUCCAAGAAGCCUUCUGGGCGGGAUACCACAAGUGAUCUCCGGUACUGCGAAGCUGUGCGAGGAUUGCGAGCAGCGACUGGAUCCUCUGAUAACGGACAGCGGCGUGGUUUACGCGCCUUUCGUGUGUCGGAAGUGUUCGAAGAAGCGCGCGGAGCGGAAAGAGAUUAUCACGGAAAUCGUGGAGACCGAGCAAAAGUACGGCAGAGAUCUACAGAUCAUACUCGAGGAGUUCCAUCGACCGAUGCUAAGAGCGGGUCUCCUCACGUCGGAGCAACUGUCGGCGAUCUUUCUGAACGUCGAGGAGCUACUCGAGCAUAAUAUUGUUUUGGCUGAGAAAUUAAAGGACAGCGUGGAACUCGCUCAGGAAUCCGGAGAUGAGGAUCUUCUGACGGUGGACCUGGGUAAGAUCUUCCUCGAGUCGGAGAGGAUGCUUCACGCUUUCGAGAGCUAUUGCACGCGCCAAGGCAGUGCUAGCUUAUUAUUGCAAAACUUGGAAAAGGAAAAGGAGCUUUUACGCAUUUUCCUCAGGGUUUCUCAAAUGGAAAACACGGUUUUGCGAAGAAUGAAUUUGAACUCCUUCUUAAUGGUUCCUGUCCAAAGAGUUACGAAAUAUCCGCUUCUGUUGGCACGUUUGCUCAAGGCAACGCCUUCUGUUCGGCCCGAUAUCCAAGAAGCUAAAAAGAGACUUAAGCAAGCUCAAACGAACAUCGAAUUACACUUGGAACACAUGAAUGCUGAGGCGAAAGAUGUUACAUCGACGAAAUUAUGGAGAAGAAUAUCGAUUAUCCAAAAUGGUAGACGGCCCAUCGGCGAACAGGAUAUGGUGAAUAUCAAGUUGAGAAAGAUGGCUGUCGAGAUUUUGGAAUGGGCUCACGAGGAAGCUAGAUUUGUUCUCGAAGGGCGUCUUCUGGUGGCACAGCCGACUGAUAAUAAUUGGAGACGCGGUCGAACUGUCAAACUCGCACCUGUCACUGCCAUGCUUGUCACAAACGGCAAGCCAAACGCUGAGUAUCCUGAGUUUAACGACGAUUCGCUCUUUCCUAAGCACAUAGGGAUCAAGGAAGCUACUUUACUUCUAGUUAAAGAGAAACUUGGACGAUAUUCUUUACUACGUGAGCCGCUAUAUCUUGAUAAAUGUAUAGUGUGCUGUGAAACGGAUCUCGAAGAUUAUUUCGAAAUACAAGAAUUGUCUUCCAAGGAGACAUUUAUAUUUAAAGCAGAGGACGGCGCGAGAACGAAAAGGUGGUGCAGAACGUUACAGGCUCAUGCACAGUCACUCGGUGCUUGGCGUAAACGUCGAGGAGCCCUUCCCAACAUCAUGAUCUGCGGAGUAGCAAGAAAUUAACAAAGCUUUAGAUGUAAUAAACGCGUAUGUAACUUUACCGCGUGUGUCGUUCGUGAACACGCUUAUCUUGAAAAUAAGAUUUCCAACAGCGGGAAACGUCCUAAACAAUUACAUGAAUGCGUACACGAUCUCCAGAAUAAGUAAUCAUUUUUUGGAGAAAGAAAGAGAAAAAGAACGCGCUGGACCAAAGGAUUUCCUCGGCUCAUCGACACGCGACUGUCGACGAGCAACACGUAAGUCUAGUUUUUAUCGAAUUCAGGUAUAAUCACCUGCAUUCGGUCGUUACAGUACGUUGCAGAAACUUGAGUUUCCUAUGUCCACUGUAAUUAGAAUGUUACGUGACGCUGACUCGCGCACGAUUCCAUCGAUUCCUAAUGAAUAAUUCUAAGUAUCUAUAUAUCAUAUCUCUAUACGCAUAGAAUAUUAUUUAAUAUCUAUAAUUAUAUCCUCCAGAAAACGAGUAGCUGUGAUAUCGACCGGUGUAUUGGGUAUAACAUUUUCUUCUCGCAGAUUAUUUAUUAAUAUUAAGAUCCUUAUUCGCCUUUUAUUUUUCAUUUGCGAUUCUUUUUUCCAGUAUCGCGCUUUAUGAAAAUGACAAUAAUAGAAUAGAUUUUAUUAAAUCCGAGGUAAUAGGGUUUGCAAAUUAAUAAUAUCAAAGGAAUAAUGAUCGCGUGAAUUAUAAAGAGAGAAUAUCAUAAUAAAUACUGUCUCGUACAAUCAGUGAGCAUUGAGGAUUUUCAUAAAAUUAGGAACACAUCUCUCUCUUUUUCUCUACAAUUA